GGAGUGACAUCCCACCUUUCUAAAAGCCGACAAGAGAAGAAACACGAUGGGAAACUACAAAUCCAGGCCGAACCAGACCUGCACAGAUGAAUGGAAGAAGAAAGUGAGUGAAUCUUAUGGUGCUGUGGUCGAGAGACUGGAGGAUGAUCUGUGCAUUAAAGACAACGAACUUCUGGAACUUAAGCAUGUCUUCAGCUCAGACGAAGCCUUUAGUAAAGUGAACAUGAACUACCGGACAAAGAGUGGCUUGUCUCUACUUCAUCUCUGCUGCAUUUGUGACGGUACCAAGGCCCACGUCAGGACCCUGAUGCUCAAAGGCCUUCGUCCAUCGAGAUUGACAAGGAAUGGAUUCACGGCGCUACAUCUGGCUGCUUUCAAGGACAACACUGAGCUGGUCACUGCCCUGCUGCACGGAGGGGCAGACAUUCAGCAGGUGGGCUAUGGAGCACUCACUGCUCUUCACAUUGCAACCAUUGCAGCCAACAAUCAGACAGUACACAUCCUAUUACAACAUGGAGCCUUUGUCAAUGUCCAGGAUGCUGUCUUCUUCACACCUUUACACAUCGCCACUUAUUAUGGUCAUGAGCAGGUGACCAGACUGCUGCUGAAGUUCGGAGCGGACGCCAAUGUGAGUGGGGAGGUCGGAGACAGACCACUGCAUUUAGCUUGUGCAAAGGGUUAUCCCAAUAUCGUCAAACUGCUGCUGACUGAAGCCUGCAAAACUGAUGUGAAUGCUCAGGACAAUGAGGAUCAUUCACCCCUCCAUUUUAGUUGCCGAUUUGGGCACUGUGAAAUCGUCAGGUACCUGCUCCAAGGGAACUUUGAUGUACAUCCCCAUGCCGUGAAUAUCUAUGGUGACACACCUCUCCAUCUGGCUUGCUACAACGGGAAGCUGGAUGUGGCCAGUGAACUCAUCCGACUUUCCGGAACUGAAAGCUUAACCAAGGAAAAUAUCUUCAGUGAAACCUCUUUCCACAGCUCCUGCACUUACGGGAAGGACCUUGAGCUGGUCAAGUUUCUAAUCAGCCAGAAUGCCAUGAGCAUAAAUCAUCAGGGAAGGGAUGGACACACUGGUCUACACAGUGCCUGUUACCAUGGCCACAUCCGACUGGUCCAAUUCCUAUUGGACAGUGGAGCUGACAUGAACCUGGUGGCCUCAGACCCCAGCCGUUCCAGUGGGGAGAAGGAUGAACAGACCUGCCUGAUGUGGGCCUAUGAGAAAGGUCAUGAUGCCAUUGUGACGUUGCUGAAACAUUAUAAAAGACCUCAGGAUGAAUCACCUUGCAAUGAAUACUCCCAGCCGGGUGGAGAUGGUGCGUAUGUGUCUGUUCCAUCACCGCUUGGGAAGAUCAAAAACAUGACCAAAGAGAAAGCGGACGUGCUGCUCCUGCGAGCUGAACUUCCUUCCCAUUUCCACCUCCAGCUGUCAGACAUCGAGUUCCAUGAAAUUAUUGGAUCAGGUUCGUUUGGGAAAGUUUACAAAGGAAGAUGCAGGAACAAGAUUGUUGCCAUUAAAAGAUAUCGAGCCAACACCUUUUGCUCCAAAUCAGACGUGGAUAUGUUUUGCCGGGAAGUUUCCAUCCUCUGCCGCCUGAACCAUCCCUGUGUUAUCCAGUUUGUUGGUGCCUGCUUGGAUGAUCCAAGUCAGUUUGCCAUCGUGACACAGUUCAUCUCAGGAGGAUCCUUGUUCUCCUUGUUACAUGAGCAGAAAAGAAUCAUCGAUCUACAAUCCAAAUUAAUGAUCGCUAUUGAUGUGGCCAAAGGUAUGGAAUAUCUUCACAACCUGACUCAACCAAUCAUACACCGAGAUCUCAACAGCCAUAACAUCCUACUGUACGAAGAUGGCCAUGCCGUGGUAGCUGAUUUUGGAGAAUCCAGAUUCCUUUUGUCAAUGGAUGAAGACAACAUGACAAAGCAGCCAGGGAACCUGCGCUGGAUGGCUCCGGAAGUAUUCACCCAGUGUACCCGUUACACCAUCAAAGCCGAUGUGUUCAGUUAUGCCCUGUGUCUCUGGGAGCUGCUGACUGGAGAAAUCCCCUUUGCCCACCUCAAACCAGCUGCUGCUGCUGCUGAUAUGGCAUACCACCAUGUCCGCCCUCCGAUCGGGUACUCUAUCCCCAAACCCAUCUCGUCUCUGCUGAUCAGGGCUUGGAACGCGUGUCCUGAGGAACGGCCUGACUUUUCUGAGCUGGUCACCAAUUUGGAAGAGUGCAUUUGCAACAUUGAGCUGAUGUCUCCAGCCUCCAGUAACAGCAGUGGGUCCCUCUCACCCUCCUCCUCCUCAGACUGCUUGAUGGUCCGUGGAGGACCGGGCAGGAGUCACGUAGCAGCUCUGCGCACCCGCUUUGAGCUGGAGUACGCCCUGAAUGCGCGGGCGUAUGCGACAUGGUCUCAGAGUGGCACUGACCGUCGAUCUUCCCAGGGAUUUCCACUGGAGGAUUUAAGGAAGAAUUUGCAAUACCCACCAAUGGAUGCAAAUGGCUAUGUUUCUGAUCCGCUCAGCACCAUGCGAUACAAUUCCUGCAGCAGUGGCAGCUUCGAAGAUAGCUCCUGA